GCGCAUGUCAUCUCGGCGCUCAAGUUUGGAUAAACCCGAAACUCAUCAUCCUAUAAAACAAUAGGAUCGUCAUAUGUCACGAAAAGAAAAGCAUAACAAAUUGGCACUAGAUUCUGCAGAGGACAUGAAAAACACUCAGUUGGAUACAAAUAUCCCCGUCAACCGAUGAUUUCUCGAGGUUGGCUGUCCACAGUCAAGCUGUACACGCGAAAUCUACCAAAAUAUCACAGCACAAGCUGUCCAUCCUUGACGUCACAUGUGAUCACGCGAAGGGCGAGCACAAUGGCGACUCCGAACCGCAUUCACAUCGCCCCUGAAAAUACGGGCCUCCUAAAAGUCUCGCAGAAUGCAGAUGCUGCCAAGACUGUGACUGAGCUCCUCCAGAAGGACCUUGAGGAGCAUCAUGUCUUCUUCAACAAAGAAGGCUUUCACAACCAUAUUGUCCACCACCUUCUCUCCCUAUACGGAACAUCCGCAGGCCCUUCAUCCCUGAAAAAGGCAUGGGAAGGCAACACCUCGUACCAGCGGCCGGUGCAGCCCACGCACGCCAGCGCCACUCCGGCCCAGCUGGCCGACUGGGCCACGGCAAAGCAGUACCUGUGCAAGGAGCAGUACUACCCGGACUUCCUGGCCUUCUUCCAGCGCGAGAUCGAGACGUCGAGCGUGGCGGACGUGCUGAACCGGUACGUGUUCAACGAGGGCGACGAGCGGGCCGACGACAUGCUCAUCCGCCUGUUUGGCGGCUUCGUGCACCCGCUCAUCCAGCUCAUGUACGGCAUCGAGUGGAACCAGCCCGUCAUCGUCGCCGAGGGCCUGGCCCAGGCCUGCGUGCACAGGGACGACCUGCGCGCGUUCAUGCUCGGAGCCGAAAAGCUCUCGAGGGAACAGCAGAAGCAGGGCGGCGACGACGACAAAAUGGGCUCCAUCUUGUCCCUGUACGAGGCCAUCCCGCGCGAUGAAAAGAUCAGCUCGGCCGCCCGAGAAGAAGACGCCAACAAGAUGCGCGACGGCGUCUUGAGCCGCGCCGGCGAUGAGAUGGCCGCCCUGGCCGCGCGGGUCCGCGUCAGGCCCGAGGAGCUGCACGAGCGCACCGUCGAGAUGUUCAACGCCGCCGUCUACGUGGCUGCGAGCGCGGCUGUCGCAAGGCCUGUGAAGCAUGCCAAGUUUGAUUUCUUCCUCAUACACCACGUCAACGUCUCCCCGAUCCUGCUCUCCAUCAACGCCGCGUCCUGGAUCCCCACCGCCGCCAAGGUCCGGCUGCUCGAGUGGAAGAUAAGGAUCGACCUGGUCCAGUACGCCGCGCGCGCCGUGCCGCCCCUGUCGCUGGAGCGGAUCGCGGCCUACCAGCCCAAGCCCAAGGACGACAGAUUCAACACUGCUGCCGCGGCGGGUAGCAGCAGCAAUGUGGGCGACCUCGUGAGUCGGCUGCACGACCUUGACGAUGACGGCCACGCCAUCAAGCUCGUCCGCGCGGCGGCAAUCUGCCAGCAGGUUUCGGAGCCUCUGGAGGAUAAGCUGGGAGACCGGCUACCGCUGAGGGGCAAGGAGAUUUGGAACAAGGUUCACCACCUGAUUGUCGAUGCCGCCGAGGGUCCUGGUCCGCGGUGGGUGAGAACUACCGGGCUGGAGUCGGCUUGGAAGGAUGUUCCGGAUGCGCCCAAAUUGUAGUUAUGACUUGUCAAACCCUUUUGACGAACCUAAAAGAUGCAUGGCAGCGUGUGUUCUUUUUGUUGAUACCUUGUACAAUAUUUUUAUUCCCACGUUAAAACAAGUAGCCUACCAUCAACUCCUCUAAUCCAGACCAAUCCAGCCA